AUGGCGCAUUCCGAAGUGGAAAAAGUCACGCAAGAUCUUGAAAAGCUGGACUUUCAUCAUCCGUAUACACCUUAUGAUGUUCAAGAGCAGUUUAUGAAGGCUGUUUACGAUGUUUUGGAGACUGGUAAUGGGCAAGUUGGCAUUCUAGAGAGCCCAACUGGUACAGGGAAGUCACUUUCACUGAUCUGUGCCUCACUAACAUGGCUUCGCAACCACAAAUCCAACCAAUUCGAAGCAUCAAUCCAAGAAUCAGCGGAAGCUUAUAAGGAUGAACCAUCAUGGCUCGUUGAGCAGCUUCUGCGGCGCAAGCGCGAAGAGCUCGUCACGCGCUGGGAAGAGCGGGAGAAGCGUCUUGAGACCCUUCGUCUCAAAGAAAAGGCACAAGAAGAACGCGCCCGUAAGCGUCGCCGAGUUGAAGACUUCGUACCCAGUAGAUCACGCGUAGAAGAUGAAGAUGCCGAGUGGUUGCUUGAUGACCCAGAUAAUCGCGAUGCUGGACCUCAGGAUGCGCUGUCUGGCUUGAGUAGAGAGACACGAGAAGUCCUUGCGAGUAUCGGCUUGGGAGGGGCGAAGAAGCCUGAGGAGGAAGAUGAUCUUUUGGAGGAGGAAAUCAAGAUCUAUUAUACGUCAAGAACGCAUUCUCAACUUUCGCAAUUCAUCACCGAACUUCGUCGCCCCUCAUUUCCACCCUCACUGCCAACGUCGCUCGCCAAGGGCGAAGAGACGAAGACAGAAGCAGUGAAGCUUCUACCAUUAUCCUCUCGGCAGAGAUUAUGCAUCAAUCCCACUGUCUCACGCCUGGGGUCCGUCCAGGCUAUAAACGACAGGUGCUCAGAACUCCAACAGCCAAAGUCAGGACAGAAAUGUCCCUUCGUCCCCAAAGAAGAUCUGCUUUCUCAGACACACCAAUUCCGCGACUCAGCUUUAGCCACACUGCCAGAUAUUGAGGACCUUCAUCAACUUGGCAAAUCACUUUCUGUCUGUCCAUAUUACGCAUCGCGAACGGCCUUGCCAGGCGCCGAGAUCAUCACACUUCCGUACCCUUUGUUGUUGCAGAAAAGUGCCAGAGAUGCGCUUGGCGUCAAGCUGGAGGGCAGUGUUGUUAUUAUCGACGAGGCGCAUAAUAUCAUGGAUGCGGUGGCAAAUGUGCAUGCGGCUGAGAUUAAGCUGAGCGAUCUGCGAAGAGGAAGAGCCAUGUUGGGCGUUUACGUGAAGAAGUUUGGCAAGAAGCUCAAGGGCGUCAACCGAGUCAAUGUUGGGAGAGUGGGAAGGGUCAUUGAUGGUCUUAGCGAAUGGAUGGACAGCGCACUCAAGUUCAAGCAAGAACACGGUAUCGUGGAUCCCAACGACUUAACCCGGCCAAAAGGAAUUGACCAGAUCAACAUGUUUGAGCUCAUCCAGUACAUCCAAGAGUCGAAGCUCGCCUUCAAGAUCGAAAGUUACAUAUCCCAUGUCGAAAGUGAGGAUACAAACUCUAAAACACCAAGAUCAAGUUCACCAGUCCUUCACACCCUAGUAUCGUUCCUCAUCGCCUUUACAAAUCUCAGCUCCGAAGGUCGAAUAUUCUAUCAAAAGAUCAAGGGGCCAGCCCUCGACAUACAGCUUUCUUACUUGCUCUUAUCGCCAACCUACGCAUUCUCAUCUAUCGCGUCGAGUGCGAGAGCAGUUGUGCUUGCAGGAGGUACAAUGUCUCCAUUUGAUGAUUACAAAGACCACCUGUUCCCUUCACUGGAACCAGAAAAAAUCACCACUCUUAGCUGUGGACAUGUCAUUCCGCCCGAGAACCUCUGUGUCUGGACGCUGGCCUCUUCAAGACCUGGGGCACCAUCCUUUGAGUUCAGCUUCCAGAAGCGAGGCGACACAGAAAUGAUAACGCAGCUGGGCCUUGCCAUUCUGAACCUCUGCUCCUUAGUCCCAGAUGGUGUCGUUAUAUUCUUCCCCAGCUAUGGAUAUCUUGACGAAGUGGUAGCUGUCUGGCAAAAGAGUCAAGGAAACGCACAGCCAAUCUGGGAUCGAUUGGCAGCACGAAAAGCACUCUUCAAAGAGUCAAGAGGCGCAUCAAGCGACGAAGUCCUCCAAGAAUAUUCCGACGCCAUCCUCGGCGAGCAGAGCAACGGAAAAGGUGCUCUUCUUCUCAGCGUCGUAGGAGGUAAAAUGUCAGAAGGCAUCAACUUCUCCGACCGUCUUGGUCGAUGCGUCAUAGUAAUCGGAUUGCCCUAUCCCAACAUCGCAUCGCCAGAUUGGAAAGCAAAAAUCGAGUACAUCGAGACAACAACACAGAACAAUCUUACGGCACAAGGUGUAGCGAAAGAAGAAGCUAUAAGUAGAGGCAAACAGACAGCGAGAGACUUUUACGAAAACGCUUGUAUGCGGGCAGUUAAUCAGAGUAUCGGCCGUGCAAUCCGGCACCGGGGCGAUUAUGCGGCGAUAGUUCUUGUGGAUCGACGAUAUGGCACGGAGCGAAUCCGGGGCAAACUACCGGGGUGGAUAAGAGGGGGGUUAGUCAAGGACAGUCACGAGAAAGGCCUCGGAGGUCUGAUGGGCGCUGUCGGAGGCUUUUUCCGAGGAAAGAAAAGCAAAAGCCAGAAUCAGUAA